AUGGGAGAACAACAUCCACUUUUUACAUGUAAAGCACAUAUAUUUCAGGUUGAUCCAGAAACACGAAAAUCGUGGAUACAGUUAUCGGGUGGUGCUGUAAACGUUCAAAUAUUUCAUGAUAGUGUUAAGAACGUUUAUCGAAUCUUGUCUGUUGAGAAUUCCAAGGUGUUAAUAAAUACCGUUGUAUCUGCUCGAAUGACAUUUACUAAAACUUCACAAAAGUUUUGUCAAUGGGUCGAUUCUCGAGCAAAUACGGUUUAUGGCUUGGGAUUUGCUAAUGAAACGGAUCUGAGUCGAUUUAUGGAAAAAUUUGUUGAAGUAAAAGAAGCAACACGAAAUGCUCAGAAAAACAGUGAACAUAGAAGUAGUAGCGUGGAUGCAAGACAAACACCACGGUCCGAAGCAGAUUGGUCGAUACAGUCGAAUGAUGGACAGUUAAAAUAUGAGAACGGUUGUCUAAAAUUGGCUUUAGCACAAAGUUCUCAAAAUGCAAAAAAAUGGCAAGAUGAAUUAGAAAUCUUGCGAAAUAAUAAUGUUAAAUUAACAACAGCGCUUCAAGAAAGUCACGGAAAUGUUGAAGAAUGGAAACGUCAAUUACAAUUUUAUCGUGAUGAGUGUUCACGACUUCGUCAAAUGGUAGCAAAUCAUACAGUUGGAAAUACACCCAGUGGUCAUGAUGCACAAGAACUAAAAAGUCUUUUGGACGCAGCUGAUCAACGAAAUAAAGAACAAGAACAGAAAAUGCUCAUACUUGAAAAUCAAGUACAAAAAUAUAUGUCACAAAUGGGAACAUUACAAGAUCGUUUAUCGUCUGUUGAAUCGGAUAAUCAUAGUUUAAGUACAGAAUUACAAUUAAUACAACGUCGAACACCACAACAUGAUAAUACUAUUAUUGGCGGUACAUUACCACGAUCUCGUCCCAUGUCACCGGGAAAUAUUUCUAAUCAUCGUCGGGUUCAGUUAAUGCGUAUGAAAGAAUUAUUUGAAAAAAAAUCACAAGAUUUUCGUGAUACAAUACAAACAAAAUCUCAAGAUUUACAACAUUUAUGUCUACAGAUAACUCAAAGUGUUGCUGAAUUAUAA